AUGUAUGAAGCAGCUGGUAAAGAAGUUGCUCAGUUUGAGCCCGACUUUUUUGGUGAUGCCAAAUGGCUUGCUAAAAUUGCCGGCUUAUCUCUCGAUGUGAAUUUGAUUGAGAUCGAUGCAGUGCUAGGAACCGCAACUGAUUGCUACCUUGAACUCACAAUUGAAGAAGAAGAAGAGCCGGCCAGGAAAAACGCUCCCGUUUCUGUUGCUCCCAAUAACAGCGCCGUUAGCUGA